ACACUGUAACUACAAUCUCCUCUCUCUCAGUUCAACGUCAACUACCCCCUUACCCUUAUCCCACUUUCUCUCUCUCUCUCUCUCCCUCUCUCUCUCACUAUCUAUCUAUAAAUACCCACCCCUCCUCUCACGUUUUCUUUGUUAGCUUGCUAGGCAUUUUGGAAAACGAGAGAAAGUUUGAGUCUUUGAGAGAGAGAGAGAGAGAGAGGGAGGGUGAGGAGUAGGUGGCGCUGUUGCUGGUUGCGUGAAAACCCAACGCGUGUUGUUGUUUUUAACUUUUUGAAGCACAAUUGCAAUGGAGGUGGAUGGCAAAUCUGUGGUAGCAGGACCUACGAAUGUUAUUUUUCUGUCGACUAUUUUGGGCCGAGAUGGGUCAACUUCUGUUCACAAAUGUGACUGGAAAUGCCAGAACGAGCAUGUCUGCGCGAAUAUGUAUUGCUGCAAGCUAACUGGACUCACUCACAUCUGUGACAAAAACUGUGACCAGAGGAUCCUGUAUGAUAACCAUAGCUCCCUUUGUCGAGCAAGCGGAAAGAUUUUCCCCCUUACACCAGCAGAGGAACAGGCCGUGAGAGGGGUCCGGAGGAAGCUUGAGUCAGAGAACUCUUCUGCGGACAGUUGUUCUUCUAAGCGCAGACGGGAUGCCCAGUUCCAUCCUUCUCCUUUUGAGAGAUCCUUCUCUACAGUCAGUCUGAUCUGCAGCAAAGUUGGAGAUGGCAUGGAUACGAGCUAGAGUUAUAAGAUAAAUGAAAGACUUUUAUUGCUUAUCUUUAUCUUGUUCCUUUGAAACCUUUCCUUAUUUUUCAUUCGUCGAACGGACAUGGAUGAUGAACUUGAUGAGUAAUUAAGUGGCGGACCUAAUGUGUCCUACCCGUCUGUAGGAACAAUCUAUAUUUGUAGUCCUGUUUACUGCAAUUUAACUCAACCAUUAGCUUGACUUAAACAAGGAAUGUCAAUUCGGGGGUUGGUCAGGGGUUGUUUAACUGCUUAUGAAUCUUGGAUUUAUGUUUCUUCUUGCUAACCUUACUGCUUCAAAUAUGAGCUAUAUUCAGUACAGGGUGCUCUCAGGUCGUUUGUACGACUUGUGUCAUGAUUUAGCUGUGACUUUGUUAUCUUAUCCCAUUAAUUAUUUUGCCUUACUAGGAGCACUUCCUAUUGAUUUGCAUUACAUGAUGGUUGUACGGCAGAAAUGUAAUUAAUUAUAUGUAAUAAUAAGUGGUUCCCUUAGUUACUUCUUUAUUUGGAUCUGUACUAUCUUUCAUUUUUGUUUACUGCCGGUGCACGCAGCAUAGGUUGUUGUUGAGUUACUCUGCCUAGUUUGGUACAGGUUACACAGGAAUGAUCUGGUUUUCACACCUUUGAUUUAUUUUCAUCAUCGUACCUUGUUAUUUAUUUAUUUAUUUUUGCUUUGGUUAUUUGGGAGUAUGGAUCUGAAGUUAAUGUCAAUUUUGCAGGGCUUGAAGCAUGUGCUAUCGAGGAGACAUUAAAUAUGCUUGUUAAUAAUGAACAAUGUCUUAUAUUUAGAAAUUUCUGGUAUGGCUUCUUAUUUAUUUUGUCUUUCGUUUUCUCAUGUAGGUAAUUGCAUCACUUAUUGGCGAAGAAAGCUACUACACCUGGUGAUGCUGACGAGUUUACCUGGCUGUCCUAAAUAUGUCAUGUAGAAAUGAUUGCACAUCAGAGAAACAUGUUAGGUCAGUCAAGCUUUCGAAUUCAAGUUCAAAUUUACCUGUGCUAGCUACGUGCACAAUAUGAUACAACUUCGACAAUACGGUGAUUCAUCGAUCCUUUAUGUUUGCCUUAUUGGUGGGGAAAACAGAGCAAUUUCUGCUCAGCCAUCAACAAAAGUUGCUCGAAUAUUCAGUUGCCUUUGAGCUCACACUAUGUUCAUCUGAUCUUAUGCUGGUGGUUGGUGCCCUCCUUUUUCUGUGGCAGGUCCAAAUAAGUUGUGUUUGAGUUGUCCUGCCCAUGGCCUAUUUGGUUCGUUAAUAUUUUCCAUGGAAGGCAAAUCCUUUUGAGCCGGCAUGUCUGAAAGUCACUGGGCUAAGCAAGCAAUUAGGACCAAAUUUGGCUGAUAAGGUAGAAAGUGCAUUGAAAGUUGUAACUAGGAUAUUCCGUAUUACUAUAUUAGUUCAGUUAAUUUAGUUAUACGUAGUGUUAAAUUCAAACCCUUCUUAUUCUAGAGGAUUUUCGAAUCUCUUAAUAUGGUGAAAGCCCCCUUCUGUUGUAAAUUUUUUAGUGAUGCCAAGAUAUUUUGAUUACUUUGGCAUCAUCCGUUUGUGUACAUUAUAAUUGACUCAGUUUUAUGAGUAGUAAUUUCCUCUUAA